UCUCUCUCUACACCGCUCAAGCUCUCAAAAAUUAUAUUCUAACCUGAAAAAUCAACACUGUAUGAAGUCAUCUUCUCACACAAACGCACACACACUCUCUACUUUCUCUCUCUAAAACUAUAUAUAUCUAUCUCUCUCUGAAGCAGUCGGCAUUGUUUGGAGACUCUUUCUCGCUCAUCUUCUUCGGCAAGGUCUGUCUCUCUCUCGAACGCCGGCCAUUGAAUACACAGUGAAAUUUUGAGAUUCGGAGAAUAAUUCAGGAAUGGAGUCGUCACAGUCGCAGCAACAGAGGAGGGGGGCUUUGGUUUCGCUAUCCCCAUCGCAGACGCCGAGGUCUAGCGAUAAGGUAGUGAGAGAUCUGCGAUCCGGCGAUGGGAGUUCGAGCGGUAAGCAAGAUAGGGAUAAAGGUGUGAAUGUUCAGGUUAUUGUUCGAUGCAGGCCACUGAGUGAGGAUGAAACGAGAUUGCACACGCCCGUGGUGAUUUCUUGUAAUGAGAAUAGAAGAGAAGUGCUGGCAAUUCAGAACAUAGCUAAUAAGCAGAUUGAUAGAACUUUCUUGUUCGACAAGGUUUUUGGUCCAGCUUCCCAACAAAAGGACUUGUAUGAUCAAGCUGUGUCUCCACUAGUGUUCGAAGUUCUCGAGGGCUAUAACUGCACUAUUUUUGCCUAUGGUCAGACAGGAACAGGGAAAACAUACACAAUGGAAGGAGGAGGAAGGAAAAAGAACGGUGAAUUCCCAAGCGAUGCAGGUGUUAUUCCCAGGGCUGUUCGUCAAAUUUUUGAUAUACUAGAAGCUCAAAAUGCUGAGUACAGUAUGAAAGUUACAUUUCUAGAAUUGUACAAUGAAGAAAUAACAGAUCUGUUAGCCCCAGAGGAAUGCUUAAAAUUUGUAGAUGACAAAUCCAAGAAACCAAUAGCCCUCAUGGAGGAUGGAAAAGGAGGUGUAUUUGUUAGAGGAUUGGAGGAGGAGAUAGUAUCCACUGCCAAUGAAAUUUAUAAAAUAUUGGAGAAAGGUUCUGCUAAGAGACGUACAGCGGAGACUCUUCUUAACAAACAAAGCAGCCGAUCUCACUCAAUAUUUUCCAUCACAAUUCAUAUUAAGGAGUGUACUCCGGAGGGGGAGGAGAUGAUUAAGUGUGGGAAGCUCAAUCUUGUUGACCUUGCCGGUUCUGAGAACAUUUCACGCUCUGGUGCAAGAGAGGGUAGAGCCAGGGAAGCUGGAGAGAUCAAUAAAAGUUUGCUUACACUUGGUCGUGUCAUUAACACACUUGUUGAGCACUCUGGUCAUAUACCAUACAGGGAUAGUAAACUAACAAGGUUGUUGAGGGAUUCUUUGGGAGGGAAAACAAAGACAUGCAUAAUUGCCACAAUAUCACCUUCUAUCCAUUGUUUGGAAGAAACGCUCAGCACUCUAGAUUAUGCACACCGGGCCAAAAAUAUCAAGAACAGACCAGAGGUUAAUCAGAAGAUGAUGAAAUCUGCACUUAUCAAGGAUUUGUAUUCUGAAAUUGACCGGCUUAAGCAAGAGGUAUAUGCUGCCAGAGAGAAGAAUGGUAUUUAUAUACCAAGAGAACGUUAUCUUCAGGAUGAAGCAGAGAAGAAGGCCAUGACUGAGAAAAUAGAGCGCAUGGAACUUGAUUUUGAAUCCAGAGACAAGCAUCUGAUGCAGCUGCAGGAACUUUACAAUUCUCAGCAGCUGUUGACUGCAGAAUUAAGUGAUAAACUUGAAAAAACUGAGAAAAAUCUACAUGAAACUGAGCAUGCACUGUUUGAUCUCGAAGAAAGACACAGACAAGCAAAUGCAACAAUUAAAGAAAGGGAAUAUUUGAUAUCCAAUCUUCUCAAGUCUGAGAAAGCACUCGUUGAGCGGGCACUUGAGCUUCGAGAGGAGCUAGAGAAUGCUGCAUCAGAUGUCUCUAGCUUAUUCACUAAGAUUGAGCGCAAGGAUAAAAUAGAAGAUGGAAACAGAGUUCUUAUCCAUAAAUUCCAGUCCGACUUAACUCAACAGCUUGAAACCUUGCAUAAGACAGUGGCAGCUUCUGUCACACAACAAGAGCAGCAACUGAAAGACAUGGAGGAAGACAUGCAAUCCUUUGUAUCCACAAAGGCAGAGGCUACUGAAGAACUUCGAGGCCGGCUAGCAAAGCUGAAAAAUAUGUAUGGUUCUGGUAUCAAAGCUUUGGAUGAUUUAGCUGGGGAGCUUGACCAAAAUUCUAGGUCAACGUUUGGGCAUCUGAAUUCUGAAGUUUCUAAACAUUCAUCAGCUCUUGAGGAUCUUUUCAAAGGAAUUGCUUCAGAAGCUGAUAUAUUACUGAAUGAUCUUCAAAAUAGUCUUCACAGUCAGGAAGAUAAAUUAACUGCAUAUGGACAACAACAGCGUGAGGCACAUUCCAGAGCUGUGGCAACCACUCGGUCAAUUUCGCAAAUUACUGUGAACUUCUUCCAGACGUUAGACAUGCAUGCCUCAAAAUUGAGCGAAAUUGUGGAAGAAGCACAAACA